AUCUUAUAAAUCAUUUUGACAUUUAAUGAAGUGAAAGUUAUUGAAUUACAUAGUAGUUGUUUAGUGGUUGUUAAAUAUAUUUUGUGUUUAUUAAACAGGCUUAACUUUUUUAUUAGAUGACAUGUUAAUUUGCUAAUUCACAAACGACAAUAAAUAUAAUGGCUGAUUCCGGAGUUGAUACGGGCAACGAGAGCAGCGAUAACACUGUAUUUGACCAUCCUCAUCGCGUCUUGGAGUUUAGUCCUCCACCGAUACCAAUCAACAUUUCUGGGCAACCUAUGCCCAUUGAUUUCUUUGGUGAACCUCACGAACAUAUAGGCAAAAUAAAAUUCUGUACGAACGCGAGGCAUUGCCGCCUUAAAUAUAAAAACAACUUAGUUUAUUAUCCCAAAAACAAAAAACUACGGUUCGCUGCGUGCACCAAUAAUACAGAGCUCGUAGAAAAACUCUUACAAUCGGGAGCAGAUCCCAACAAUGCAGACGAGCAUUUGAGGAGCCCACUACAUUUUGCAGCAUGUAGGGGAUAUACAGAUGUAGUUAAAACGCUCCUCAAAUACGGGGCUAAUCCAAACAUUAAAGAUACCCUUGGUAAUACUCCUUUGCAUUUGGCUGCAUGUACAAGCAACAUUCCAGUAAUGAUAGCUUUAUUGGAUGCGGGGACAGAUGUCAGUUCAAAUGAUAAAAAUGGCCGCACACCACUACAACUAGCUCAAAGCAAAUUAAAGUUGAUACAAAUGAAACCUGGCUUCCAUGAAACCAAAGAUCUGAUAAAUGAAAUCCGAUUGGUUGUUGAAAUGAUGUUAAAAUAUGUAAAAAUUCAAAAGGCUGAUUCUGGAGACUUGGAAUCUGUGUGUGCAAGAUUGGAAAAAGUUAGUACAAGGGAACAAGUGGACUCUGAAGUCCAGAACAUUCUUGAUAGUCUGGAUUCAUUAAAAUUAAGAUAAAAGGUUAUUAUCACAAAGACUGUAUUAAAUUCUACAUAGAUAUAUGUUAUGAAUUACUUUUGUAAUACUUUAUUUUUUAAGAACAACAAUAAAUGUAGUUUGUUGUAAUAAUUUCAAUGUAAACAGUAUACUUAUUUUCGGAAUAAGUUGUAAUUUGUUUAUAAUUUUAUUUUAAAGUAAAGGCUAGGUUGAAAAUUACAUCAUAUUAUCAUUGAAGUGUGAAUUCAAAAUAAGGACUAUGGGAAAAAAUUGUAGCAAAGGUCAUUGGGUAUUUGACCCAUGGGUAAGUCUUAGAUACCAAUGUAUAAGAGCAUUGAAGACAGUUAGAACUGUCAUAUAUAUUUCUUUGGGACAAAAAUCAAUAUUUUUAGAAAUUUAACCAUAUUACAGUUGUCCAACUUUGGUUAUUGAAACGGAGAUAAAAAGAAGAGCCAAGUGGCAUAUCAAUUUUUAUUCUGCUCAAUCUCAAUCAAUUGAUCGAUCGCAUCCAUCUAAUAUUACUACUGUGUCAAUUACUUCUUGGUGGCUGGCCCAUGGCAAAAUCUAUAUAUAGAUCCAUAAAUUAAAUAUCAUUAAGUGCUAAUUUCUUUUCUUUGUGUGUUUUCUGUACACAGGCUUUCAUGAGACAAGGCAAAUAUGCCUAAUUACCUUUGUGAAAUUAAAAUUCUGUAUAUUCCUAUUUAAAUUCAAGAAAACAAGCCACUUUUUCAUAUUGAUUAGUAAGUUUUCUUAAAGCGUUAACCUGUAUUUUAUUAAGAGUAAUAACUUAUAAUGCAACGGUUAUGCAACCUCACCUUGUUUAAUUGUGUUGUCAUUUAUUAUCAAAUCUAAUGUUCAGACCUAAUUUAUUACAAAAGUUUUCUGUGGGUUUUCAUCAUUUGACACAUAAACAGAUAAGGCAGUUAAGUAAUAAAUUAUGGUAUAUUUAGUUAUUAUUAUAAAAUAAAUAUUGAUUUUGAAACAAAGUAAUUCUGAAAUACAAAUUCAUAGAUAUUUAGUUUGCCAAUGUAUUUAUUCAGCUUUUUCAUCAAUAAAUAAAAUAUUUGAUGAAAAAACAAUUUUAAAUGUACUUAACAUUAAAAGUUGUUUUAUUGUAAUGAAUUUGUAAAAUUUUAAAUACUUAUGUAUUACAAAA